GAUUCUGCCCUUCUCACUGCACACAAUAGAGCGAUAUGCAAGCUUUCCGUCGUUGGCCUGGCGGUGGGACUUGCAACAUCCGGAGAGCCGCGAGCUCCAGUAGUCCGCGCCCAUGUUUCGUGCGUGUGCGAGAAGUACCGGCAUGUCCAACCGCUCGACGUGAGCUGUUGCGCACAACCGCGUCGCUAGGUGCAGACGAUGUUCAGACCGCGACUUCUUCCGCGCUUGACGCUGCGCAGACCUGGGAGCGCCUGAGCCUUGUAACGCGGCAGCUCAAGGUCGCCGUGGCCGAUGAGGACUAUGCGCUUGCUGCAAAGCUUCGAGACGAGCAGAAGACUCUAUCCGACAGCCUGCCGCCCAUACUCCAGUACGCGCUGGGGCAGGUGGCGAAGCUGCGCACGGGCACCACUCAGGAGCAGCUGCAGACCAUCCUCAACCUUGGCGAGGCGGGUGAGCCCGCGGUGAUCCCUGACCUGGCCUCCUGCCUGUCCAACCCCGAGCUGGCAGACACCGCGGAGAAGGCCAUGUGGGCCAUCUUCAUGAAGAACAAGGACCCGCGCGUGAACGAGCUGAUGCAGGAGGGCUGCAUGUACAUGCGCUCGCCCGCCACCUACGACAAGGCGCUGGGCGUGUUCAGCCAGAUGAUCCAGCUGGCCCCGUCCUACGUGGAGGGCUACAACAAGCGGGCCACGGUCAACUACCUCAUGGGCCGCCACCAGGCCAGCAUCGACGACUGCAACGCCGUGCUGGGCAUGCAGCCGUACCACUUCGGCGCGGCGUCGGGGCUUGGGCUGUGCCUGCUGCAGAUGUCGCGCUAUGAGGAGGCGUUGGCGGCGUUUGAGGCGGCCCUGGUGAUCCACCCGGGCAUGUCCAACAUCCGGCGCUUCGUGGCGGACCUGCGAAGGCACGUCGCCACAGAUGGCCAGGAGCCGGGCGCUGGCGGGGCGGCUUGGCAGCAGUAGGCGGGUGCUGUUCUGAUUACGGCAGGUCAUGCCGCCUGAGCACAAAAGGAGGGGCAAGGGUUGCUCGCAAUCCAAGUCGGUUGAGGUGGCAGAGAUGGCUGGCAGGCGGGCGAGCGUUGAGUGUGGGACACUGUGCGGGUUAGGAUGGCUGGUGGCGAAGUGACAAAUUUUGGUAGUUCUAAUAACGUGCGGGUUCCGAUUUCCGCGCGCAGCGUUCAGGCGCUGGUUGUGGAAAAUAAGGCAGGACUGCAUCGAGCUGGUGGCAGGCUGACACUCGGUGUUCUGCCGCUUGGGACGCACAAGGGCUGACAGAGUGACUGACAACGACAUGCUACGGAUGUGCGAUGGACAGUUGUAAGGCAGGUUGGUA